CAGUCCUUUGGCAGCGAUGGCUUUCUCUGUAUCUGGAGGAACUGUGUUCACCAUCCUUCUCAUUAGCAGGUUGUUAGAGAGCUCCAUGCUCAACGCAGAAGUAAAAGAAGGAGAGAUUUUGCCUCCUACCAUUCAGAGGCUGAUGAAAGGAUACAACAAGUACCUCAGGCCUUUCUUUGACAAUGGUCCUGUAACGGUGGGUAUGAGCCUGGACAUUGCCAGCAUUGACACCAUCUCAGAGAUCAACAUGGACUACACCGCUACCAUAUUCCUCCGUCAGCGCUGGACCGAUGAGCGCUUGGUGUUUGAGGGCAAUAAGAGCCUGAGCCUCGACGGGCGACUAGUGGAGCUGCUGUGGGUCCCUGACACUUUUAUCGUCGACUCCAAGAAGUCCUUCCUCCAUGACAUCACCGUGGAGAACAGGCUGAUCCGCAUCUUCCCCAACGGGACCGUCCUUUAUGCACUGAGGAUUACCACCACUGUGGCUUGCAACAUGGAUCUGACUAAAUAUCCAAUGGACAAGCAGACCUGCACGCUACAACUGGAGAGCUGGGGAUACAACAUCAAUGAUGUCAUGUUCUACUGGACCAGAGGAAAUGAGUCUGUCAGUGGUUUAGACACGCUACAGCUGGCUCAGUACACGGUAGAGGACCACUACACAUCCGUCUCAGAGGCCGUUUAUGAGACUGGCAAUUACCCAAAACUGGUCUUCCACUUUGAGCUGAAGAGGAGCAUUCUGUACUUCAUCUUAGAGACUUACGUCCCCUCCAGCCUGCUUGUUGUCCUCUCAUGGGUUUCCUUCUGGAUCUCCCUCUCCUCUGUCCCUGCACGUAUUUGUAUAGGAGUGACCACCGUGCUGACCAUGACCACUCUGAUGAUGGGAGCCCGGACGUCACUGCCCAAUGCCAACUGCUUCAUCAAGGCCAUUGAUGUUUACUUGGGGAUCUGCUUCAGCUUUAUCUUUGGAGCGCUCAUUGAGUACGCCGUGGCUCACUUCUGCACCCUCACUCACGCUGACGCACACAUGCUAAUGUACGGCCACCACGUGCACGACUUCGAAGACGAAGUGAACGGCAUCGUCACCACCAUCUCCACUCACGCCAGGGCCAAGAGGCGCAAGGAGCCUGCCUCAACUCCUACCCCAGCUCAAACCACUCUAGAACUCACUGUCAGCCCGUCCAGCCCCUCGGGCAGUGAGCCUAAGCCUGAGGUGUCACCUCCGGAGACCACCAACUGGUGCCUCACUGCUUUGGCUACCGUCCGCAAAGUGCUCCGCACCAUAUAUUGCUGUCACGUGGAAAACCCCCACCACAUAGACAACUACUCCAGAGUCUCCUUCCCCCUCUCUUUUGUCAUGGUUAAUCUGCUCUACUGGACGUAUUACUUGUACUUUUAGCAUUCGCUCAAGUGCAGCAUGUGUCCCAGAGAGUGUAAGACAGAGAGUGUAUGUAGACAAGAGGUGUAUUUUACCAUAUGUAUGUACAGUAAGUGUUAUCUAGGUGUGGU